GUAUAUUCAAGGUUCAUGAAUUUAUUGCAACGUAAACGCGUUUGCGCAGACGCGCCGCGUAAAGUUCCCAUCCAUCGGCGCUUCGAACUUCCGGUCGAAUCGCACAUUUCCCUUUUCUUUCUAUACCAAGAUGGUAGGUCGAUACGAUGUUUUGACGAAUCAUUUUUAUCCGCGAAUAUUUCGGAGAUCGUUGCCGUUAAAUACACCGCGAAAUCCGCAUUCGCAUACGAAAUAUAUUUAUUGGAAUUUACUGUUAACGUACCGAAGCAAAGGCGUACUUUUUGCAAAAAAUGCAAAGUACACAAGACUCACAAAGUAACGCAAUACAAGAAGAGUAAGGAGAGACAUGCCUCGCAGGGCAGAAGACGUUAUGAUCGCAAACAGCAAGGUUUUGGCGGUCAAACUAAGCCCAUUUUCAGAAAAAAAGCGAAAACAACAAAGAAAAUUGUAUUGAGGAUGGAAUGUACGGAAUGCAAGUACAGAAAACAAAUUCCACUGAAAAGAUGCAAGCAUUUUGAACUGGGUGGUGACAAGAAGAGGAAGGGUCAAAUGAUUCAGUUCUAAAUUAUCCACUCAACGUUUUCAACAUUCUGUAUUUAAUAAGAAAUAAAUAAAUUUACAGGGAUUUGUAUACAUCUUUAUUUGGAUGGUUUGUGUUUUAUAAUGUGAAAAUGUGCAACAUGUCUAAAC